AUGGCGGCUCAAAUUGAAUCGGAUCCUGCUCUGGAUCUCGAUAACGAGACCGACAUCAGUGCAGAGAGCGAGAUUGAGUCUACAGCGUCGAUUACGUCGAGUAUCUUUGAGAAUCACUACUUCCAGGGCAGGACUUAUGCGAACCCCAAGUAUGGAAAGCAUUGGGCGCCCAAUGAUGAAGAGCAACUCGAUGCGCUUGACCUUAUACACCACUGGUUAACGUUGAUGCUUGACGAUAAGCUUUUUCUCCCACCGAUUAGCGAAAAUCCGCAAAAAAUCCUAGAUGUUGGCACGGGCACAGGAAUAUGGGCCAUUAAUGUGGCGGAUGAAUUCCCCUCUGCCACGGUGAUAGCUACAGACAUCACACCAAGUCAACCCAGUUUUGUCCCGCCAAACGUCGAAUUCCAGAUCGACGAUGCAACGAUGGAAUGGACUUUCGAACCUGAGUCGUUUGACUUUAUCCACAUUCGCUUUUUGCAGGGUACUAUUGACGACUGGGACAAGUUCUAUGGUCAAGUGUACAAGUUUCUCAAGCCAGGUGGUUGGUUCCAGCACAUCGAGCCUGAUCUGCAGAUGUAUUCACAAAACUCUGUGGUCAAUGUUGACGACACCCAUAUCUAUACUCGCUGGGCAGAUGUGUUUAAGAAGGUCGGCGAAAAAACAGGCCGUACCUUUGAUUUUGCCGACCACAAGCUGGAGAAGCUCGCCAAAUCAGCCAAUUUCACCAAUGUGACCCACCAAACACACAAGAUUCCCGUCGGCCGGUGGCCUAGGGAUAAGAAGAAGAAGGAGCUUGGAACUUUCGUGGGGUUGGCGUUUAGUCAAGCGCUGGAUGGAUUCAUUAAGUUGCCACUUUGUGAGAUUCUCGCGUGGAGUCCCGAAGAGAUGCAGCUUUUUGCGGUUGAAAUGAGAAAGUCCAUCAUGGAUCUCAAGACGCAGACUAUAGGUCAAGUGUUCAGUGUGUAUGGGCAGAAACCGGAGAUUUGA